AUGGACUUGUGUGCUAACAAGGCGAACCAGGACUGCGUCCAGAAGUUGAAAAUAGCAACCAAAGAAAAACUUCGAAAAUUCAACAGUUUACGCGGUCGGGAAGUUGCGUGUGGUUCUUUUUGGGAUGUGGUUGUGGUGACUGCUGCUGACGAGAGGCAGAAAGAUGCUUACGAGCUUCAAAUAAGAGAAAAAAUGGAUAGGAAAGAACUCCCGCUUGGAAUUGACUACAAAGUCUUCUCGGAUCCUGCAGGAUGUAAAAUAGGUAAUGGCGGUUCUACCCUGUGUGCUCUCCAGCAUCUCAGUGACCUCUAUGGCAAAACGCUUUCCCAGAUGAAACUCAUCCUGAUUCAUGCAGGUGGGUCGAGUCAGCGCCUGCCCAGUGCCAGCGCACUGGGUAAGAUUUUCACCGCCAUGCCACUGGGUGAACCUCUCUACCAGAUGCUGGAGCUCAAACUAGCUACGUAUGUAGAUUUCCCUGCUCACAUGAAGCCCGGUGUGCUGGUGACAUGCGCGGACGACAUUGAACUCUACAGUAUCGCCGUGGAUGAGAAUGUCACGUUCCACAAGCCCGGCUUCACGGCUUUAGCCCACCCUUCACCGCUGUCCAUCGGCACCACCCACGGCGUGUUUGUUUUGGAGCCUUGCGAGGACACCGACUGGUCGGAAAUGGAGAACAGAACCUGUUCGCGCUUUCUCCACAAACCGAGCGUUGAUAAAAUGCGAGAAACGGGUGCCGUUUGUCCAAGGAGAAGCUGUUGUUCCCCUCUGUCUGAUAACGAGUUUGUUUACACGGACAGUACCUACUAUGUGGACUUUGGUACAUUGCAACGUCUACUUGAAGUGCGCAAAGAGGUCGGACCGUUGGAGUGCGAGAUUGACGCGUACGGUGAUUUUCUCCAAGCAUUAGGUCCGAAAGCUUCAAUUGAAUACACCCACAAUACUGCAAAUGUCAUCAAAGAGGACGUUAGUCUGGUAGAAAUCCGCCAGAAGAUUUUCCGUCUUCUCCGUGGAACGCCGCUGAACGUGAUACUUCUGAACAACUCCAAGUUUUACCACAUCGGAACCACCACGGAAUACCUAUUACACCUCACCAAGGAUGACGCCCUGAGGAGCGAGCUAGGUCUCUUGUCAUCCGCGUUUAGCGUGGACCCUAAAGAAAAGGCAGAUUCGCCGUCCUGCGUCAUGCAUAGCGUACUGAAACCGAGUUGUUGUGUGGGAGAUGGAUCUGUGGUGGAGUACUCAAAACUAGGGAAUGGGGUGUCCAUAGGCAGGAGUGCAGUGGUCAGCAACUGCUGGGUCAGUGCUGGUACUUCAGUGCCGGAUGGAGUCUUCAUGCAUACUUUGUGUGUGGCCCAACAGGAAAAAAACAAUUUUGUAACCAUCGCCUUUGGAAUUAACGACAAUUUGAAACAGUGUGUGGACAGUACCGUCUCUUUGAAAACGUUGACUAUUUUUGGGGUGACUCUAGAAACCUGUGCGUCCCUCUGGGGAAUGGACAACCAUGGUUUUCGGUUCUCAGGUGAUAUGUCCAGUUGUAGUUUGUGGACUGCUUGUUUGUUUCCCGUUUGCGAGGACCAAAAAGGUUCGUUCUCCCUGUCGCUCAAGAUGCUUCAAGCCCUCCUGGAUCGAUGUGAUUUCACUUUACUAAAAGACAUAAAGCUAAUAUCUAUGCAUGAAGCCUUACAGUGUAAGAACCUGCAGGAGAUGUUGAACUUCCAGAAGGGACUUUAUCACGACAUCAUACAGAGAUCCUGA